CUUGCGGCUGUAAUGGCUGCCCCCAGCCGACGCGGCGCUGCGCUCCUUAGGAAGGUGUUAGGGUUCUGUCAGCUGGGCCCCGAUGCCGCGAGGGAAGGGAUCACCUGUGUCCCCUCCCUCUUGCGCUGUCAGUGGAGGUACGUGUCCUGUGGCGCGGGCACCGCUUUCUCUAGCCCACUCCUGGCAGCAUCCUCUCGCCAUUUUGGUCCAAACUCAGCCCUGGACACCAUUCUCGGACUCUCUCAGCCCGACAGUGCGUUGACUCCUCGCAUCCCGGCGGUGUCGGUGCACAGAGAUGAGCAGGAGCUCCUCUUGGUCCAUCCCCCUGACAUGCCUGAGAACCCCCGUGUCCUGCGUGUGGUCCUCCUGGGUGCCCCAAAUGCAGGGAAGUCAACGCUCUCCAACCAGCUCCUGGGCCGAAAAGUGUUCCCUGUCUCCAAGAAGGUGCACACCACCCGCUGUCAAGCUCUGGGAGUCAUCACAGAAAAAGAGGCCCAGGUGAUUCUACUUGACACACCUGGCCUCAUCAGCCCCAUUAAACAGAAAAGGCACCACCUGGAGCUCUCUUUGUUGGAAGACCCAUGGAAGAGCAUGAAAUCUGCUGACCUGGUUGUGGUUCUUGUGGAUGUCUCAGACAAGUGGACUCGGAACCAGCUCAACUCUCAGCUGCUUCAGUGCUUGACCCAGUUCUCCCAAGUCCCUAGCAUCCUUGUUAUGAACAAGGUAGAUUGCCUGAAACAGAAAUCAGUUCUCUUGGAACUCACGGCAGCCCUUACUGAAGGUAUGGUCAAUGGCAAGAAACUCAAGAUAAGUGAAGCCUUCCGCUCACACUCAGGCACCCAUUGUCCCAGCCCACAGGCUAAGAGCCCAGGUGCACAGUCUGUAGGAGGCUCUCAGAGGACUGGCUGGCCCCACUUUCAGGAGAUCUUCAUGGUGUCAGCCCUAAGCCAGGACGAUGUGAAUACACUAAAGCAAUAUCUCCUGUCUCAGGCUCGGCCAGGGCCUUGGGAGUUCCACAGUGGAGUCCUCACUAGCCAAACACCUGAGGAAAUCUGUGCCAACAUCAUUCGAGAGAAGCUCCUGGAGCACCUGCCCCAGGAGGUGCCCUACAAUGUUCAGCAGAAGACAGUGGUGUGGGAGGAAGGGCCAAGCGGAGAGCUAGUAAUCGUACAGAAGCUUCUGGUGCCCAAAGAAUCUCAUGUGAGACUCCUGAUUGGUCCAAAGGGGCACCUGAUCGCCCAGAUUGCACAGGAAGUGAGCCAUGACCUCAUGAACAUCUUCCUCUGUGAUGUUCAACUCCGUCUCUCUGUGAAGCUCCUCAAGUGACCACCUUCUACGACCAGGGCAUCCUGUCCAAGCCGGAGACACUGACCAGAACUGGUCGGCCUGGGGCGCCUGCAGUGACAAAGGGAGGACAUGGACUCUGAUAGAGCCUGCUAGCUGAGCUGGCCCGGCCUUGCGAGUCUGCCCAGGCCCUACUCAGCUAUGUCUCCUGUUGGAGGAAGGAACCAAUUAAAGCUCAGUUCCCAGGUAAUCUCUUGCCUGGGGCCUUCGCUACUUACAUCUUAGACUUGACCCCUUGUGGAAACAGAACCACUCUGCUCCCAGCUGGCUUCGGUCCCAGGCUUUCUCCCUGAGUUGCCAACUGUUAGCAGAAAGAAGAUCUUUCUCCUCUUUGAAGCUGUGUAAGGGACAUGUGUCCUGGGUGAGAUAGUGCCUCUCACCUGCUGCCCAACUCUUUAAUCCUUCCCACCCCGUCAUUCUCCCCAGUCUCAGACAUUAAUAAAGUUAAAGAACAAGCA